ACUACAUGGGUACACACAUUGGAUGCAGCACAGCUCACUUCAAUGCCUUUUAUUAUGUCAUCAUGUGGAUGUGUGAAGACUUGAAUUUCAGCCCAUGAUAUUUUUCUUAAAAAAAAGAAAAGAAAAAGAAAAAGAAUAGAAAAGACCUUUCAAGGCUUUAACUCCUUUCAUAUGUGCUGGAAAAGGAGAGAGGUUGGAUGUGAACUGGGGAUUUCUGUCUGUCUUGCUCAAUUUGAGUCCACAAAAAAUGUAUUCCAACACUUUGGCUCGUUUAUAUCUGAAAGGUUUUAAGCCAAAGGUAUUUGUAAUGAUUGUUGGUUGCUGUGGCAACAGUCUCCAGAACAAAACAAGUUACAGUUAGAAUUCUCAUGCCCUCAUGGAUAGAAAGCCAAAAGAGACCAAGUGCUGUUCAGCACUGCCCGAAGUCCCAGAAGAGGCUUACAGCUCUGGCCCGGAUUCCUCAAGCCUUUCAGAUGGCCAAACCAGCUGUGUGGAGCUUGAUCAAGCCACAGUCAAGAGCCCAGCCUCCAGCGAACUGCCUCCUCCUGAGCCACAGUCCAAAGUGGUCACCUACCCAUGGAACAGUCCCCUGAUCAGGGCUGUGGCCCUGGGACAGGACAGGAAUGCACCCUGGAAGAAAGACAUGGAGGACGUCAGCGUGCUCCUCCAAAACUACGGGGCUAAAAAGGGGACAGGCUUCUUCGGAGUGUUUGACGGUUUCUAUGGACGCGCCUCGGCAGAGAUGGCUGCGAAUGAGCUGUCGGUGCUGCUGCUGGAGCAGCUGGUCAGGGUGGACCCCUCGUUCUUAUUGGAUGGCAAGCAGAAGGACUUCCUGUCCCGGAUGGCGACCCUGUUGAAGAGGGAUGAUGCCAGACUGGGCCCUGAGGGUCCUGUGGAUGUGGAGGUCACCAGCAAGGAGCAGCAGAUGACGCAGGCGUUCGCCAGGGCCUUCUCCAACAUGGACUGCGUCCUGGGACUGGGCCGGGGAGAGACCUCCAAGUUCCGCUGGAGCGCCUGCACCUCUGUGGUCUGCGUGGUGGACCAGGAGACCUCAUCGGCCCCUGAGAAGUCGGGCCACAAGGCAUCACAGGGAACACUGCACAUUGCUAACUGUGGAAACAUCCACGCCGUCCUGUGCAAGCAUGGCAAGAGCUUCCGGCUGACCAAGGACCACAGCACGGCCAACAGCGCGGAGCACAAGCGCAUCCUGCGGGAGGGAGGCUCCAUCAGCCCCAACAAGCACCACGGCCUGGUGGAGGGCCUGCUGAAGGCCACACGAGCCCUGGGGAACUACGGUGACCAACGGCUGAGGAGGCUGGUGAUCCCCGUGCCACACCAGGUGUCCCUGAGCCUGGAGCCCUCCGCCGAGCUGCUGGUGCUGGGCUCUAGCGGGCUGUGGGGCGGCGGGCUGGAGCCGGAAGACGUGGCUCCUGUGGUGCAGCGCUGCGUCCAGGACUGGAGGGCACAGCUCGGUCGCCAGAGGGCCAAGAGGGAGCAGCGGUGCAGAGCCCUGAGGGGAUCCGAGGCCCGGGAGGACACUGGAGAUAACGCUGAGGACAUGACAGUAGAGGGCACUAAGAAGCAAACAUCCACAGGUGGAGAGGAGGAUGACCACGAGCCAGCAGCAACCAACAGACUGCCCACGGAUGAACAUGUUGAAGAGGAUAGAGGCAGGAGCAAUGAGGACGAUAAGGAACUGGCAGGCAAUAUUUGUAAGAAAUUGAUUAAGAAAGCGGUAGCUGCAGGUUCCAGAGAGAAUAUAUCAGUGAUUGUGAUCCUCUUCCAAGGAAUAGAUGAGGUGGACACAAGGGUCUGAUUAUGGUCCCUCAAUCAGACCCACUAUGAGUUUUACUAUAAAUACCUAUUUUUGAAAAUAAAGUAAAAAAACAA